AUGGGGGAGCUGACGUCCACCUCUCCUGGGCCCUGCUUGGACCUGAACAACUUUGACUCGGCCAGAGCGCAGAGGAGUCCGUAUGUUUUAACGAGCCCCCGCUCACUGGAGUCCUGUGCACGGCUCGGUGUCAAACCUGUUGAACUUCUGAUUAAAUCGUUAAACGAGGUGAUAGCUGAACAGAAUGACGUGCCCUUUGAAGCAGUGAGAGUUAUGCAUGAUUCCUACGAAAAAGAGAGAAUGAAGCGUUUACAAAUGUGCCGUGUGGAGAGGGAGAGGAUUAUCCAGGCGGCUGGGGACAGGUGGCCAGGCAGUGAUAAAGUGUCAGACCUGGAAGUGGUGCCUGACAAGAAACUGAAGGGUCACUCAACGGACGGACAGACAACCAGGUCCAUGCCAUAUGCAGAUCUGUGCUUGAAAGGGAAAUCUGUGAGCAGGUCUUCCUGUUUGGUUGUUGGUAACAGACACCCGGACAGGAGCACGGUCUGCAGCUUCAGUCUGGGAGACCUCAGAUACUCCCCAGCCACUGAGAUGAAACUGGAAAAGCUCACCAAGGACAUAAAAAAGGAGAUGUGUGUCACAGUGUCGGAGAGAGACCGCAAGAUAGCAGCUCUCAUGCUGGUGAAGCACGAGAAAGAGCAGGCUUGCCUGAAGCUCUGUCAGCAAGAGAAACAGGAGCGACAGGAGGCCCGCAGGCUGGAGGAGGCGCAGCGGGCUCAGGCAGAGAAAAGGAGGAGGAAGAAGCUGAAGCAGAGUAUGCAACGUUGGCAUGAGGAGCUGGAGGCCCGCAGGAGGCUGAGGGAGCGACAGGAGAAAGAAAAAGCGGGACAACUUGAGCAGGAGGUGCAGCUGCAAGAAGACCGCUGGAGGAGGCUCAAAGAGGAAGUGGAGGCACAAUGCAGAGAAAAGAUAGAGGCUGCACAGAAAGAGGCAGAGGGGCGCAAACGCUACCAGGAGAAGCUGCUGAGAGAGAAGGAGGAGCUGGAAAUGAGUGAGCGAGAGAGGGAGAGACAGGUAGCAGCGGAGAGGGAGCAGAAGGCCAGGAGGAGCAAGGAGUUGCAGAAGAAGAAGGAGAGGAAGAAGCUGCAGGAGGAAAAUCGUAGAGAGCUGCUACGGCACAAACUGCUGAAACAGGAGGCAGAGCAGCAGGGGGAGGAAGAGGAGGCCCAGAUGAGGAGCACGCAUGAGAGGAAGCUGCGACUCUCCUGCGAGAAACAUGCCCAGGCCACCGAGGCACGGCUGAGGGAGCUGCAGGAGCGGGCGGCGCGGGAGGAGGAGCAGAUUCAGAGAGCGCGGCUGAGGGCCGAGCUGCAGAGCGUCCAGGAGCUCAUGCACAAAAAGACCCUGCUCCAGCAGAGCCAGCAUCGCACGGAGAGAGCCGCCCAGCAUGCCUCGGCACAGCAAAGGGCCAGAGCUCAGCAGACACAUCAGCACAACAAACACAGGGAGCUCCGCCACCAGAGGCUGAGAGAGCAGGUGCAAAGGGAGGAGGAGGCAACGAGGAAGGUCAGGGAGAGCUGCAUCUCCAUGAAGGAGUGGAGGAGGGAGAAGCUGCGGAGACAGCGAGAGCAGAUACAGGAGGAGGCGCACAGGCUCACUCUGGCCUCCUUCCACAUGAGGGAGAGAGUUAGAAAGCAGACGCACAGUCGAACCUUUGAUCAGAUGGCUCUGGAUGCUCAGCUGAUUGCCUCCAUGAGCCACAUGAAACUAGGAGAGAAAUGAUAAACUCCCAUCCUGGCUUCAGAAUGACUCCCCACAGCCGCACCUCUUCUCAUAGGCUUCAGUACAGUUCAGGCAUUAAUAGCUGCACUCAUCCAGAGCUGCUUAGAGCCGGAGCUGCAGAAGAAUAAGGGAAUUCAGAGUUCUCUUAACAACACAGAAAAACAUCGCUCUUAUUGGCAAUCUAGGAAUGCAGCAAGGAAGAACCACACAAGUAUGUACAUGUGGUAAAACCAAGGAAUGUUGGGGCCCAGAGCUGCGCAGGGGCCCUGGAAUAUGUCAUGUUCACAUCAGUUUUCACAACUGUGAUUUUAGGGGUGUAAUGACUCAUAAUGUCAGUUUCAGACCCCAAUAAACAUAAGCAAUGUCUUGUGAGCCUUCGCGUCAGCUUGCAUAUGCCUGUGAGCUGUGAACAAUACAACCAGAUGGAUUUUCUAGAAAAUAUUCUAUGAAAUGUCAAACUUAGAGAAAGGUCUGGUAGAAAAUUGCAUAACAGACAUUUGUUUUUGCUUAAUUUUGUAUCCUGUCAAUCUUGCAACUAUUUUGAUUUAUAUUUGGACACCUUGCAUUUGAAAUCUAGGUUGAGACCCGAUGCUUUACAGUACAACUACAGUAAGCUUCCAUGUAUAGUAAAAACAAACAUCUAGCCACAGCACUGCAUUGUUUUUCUUAGAUAAACACCUGAUGAUUGAUUUGCUUCGACACAUGCAUCCAAUAAGCAGUUUGCACUGUGAGUGUUCCAACAUGGCGCAUUGUAUCAUUACACCCCUAAAAUGACUGGAUGGAAGAUUAACUUCUACGGUUCACUUGGAAGUUGGUCCGAGUUUCCAGCCUGCAAGAAAGUCGAGCAGUGGCUGGAGAGUGAAGGUUUAAAAUUGCGGUCUGUAGCCAUUGGGGUGCUUGAACGCUGACAUCAGUGUUUUGAAUUUGAUACGAGCAGCCAUUAGCAGCCAGUGGAGUGCAGAUAAGAGAGGAGUUGUGGGAGAAAUAAGGGACGUUGAGGAUGAGCCAAGUUGCAGUGCUCUGUAUGAGCUGUGAGGGAGUAAGAAGCCAGACUAAUGAGUCAUGUUUAGCUGUACAUUGUGUUGUAUCAUAUCACACUAUAAAGCAGCAUGUUUUAAUGUUUUAAGUGGGGCAGAUCAAGCAAAAUGUUUACUGAAAUUACAAGAUUAAAGCAGAAUCAUAGUUCAUGGACUCAAGAAGAAUGUUUAUACAUUUAUCAAUAACAGCUGUUGCAUGUUGACUUCAACCAUCAGUGGAGUGAUGCUGUAUAACAGAUAUUUUCUAACAAUCAGAUUGUGUUUUGUAUUUUUCUCAGAUUUGAUAACUUUAUGGUAUUUGAAUGUUUUGUUACAUCGCAAUGAAUAAAUCAUGCUUUAAAUUGUAAAAUGCCUUCAUUCUGACAUCUUGUUUCCAUCUCUGUAUUUAACACUGACACGGCUCUACUUAGCACACCUCCAGCUACAACAAGACACACUGGCCAUUCAAAAUUUAGUAGCAUCAGACAGUUUACCUCUGCGUCAAAAGAUGUGUUUGUGUGGGGGAAAGACGUUAAGCAGUCGACUAUGCCAUCAUGACAUGGGCAGACAUGUUUUUAUUAGAUGUAAAUAUCUGCACAUGCUAAAAGAAAGAAGAAACAGCAGAAGUGAUUCAAACUAGAUAACUCUGAUUCUAAAAGUGACACAGGCAUAAAUUCAGUAAGCAAUCUAUGAAAUACCCACUUGACAGCCCCAGUUGUGUACAGUACCUACUUUCAGCCACCUGCUUCUGUCUGACCCACAUAUUCUUUUUUACAGGUGCAAAGAGCUGCUGGACUACCUACAUAUUUCUGCUGAUGUUCCAUCUCACACCCAAGAGGCUUUAUCAGUUGUUCUGAUACAAACUCUCAGCUUCAAAACUAUGAAACAAAUUCUACGAUUGCACAAAAAUAGCACAUCCUGUGUCCUAGUCAUUUGCACUAUUGCACAUUGAUAGACUGAAAGUCUGCACCUGAUUUCAAGACCUGACUAUACAAACAAACUAAGAUGAAAUGAUUUAAAAAUGUGCGACCUAGAUCUCUUAUUGUUUGGGUAACAGACAGUAUCAGAUUAUUUGGUUGUUCCUGUAAAUCUAUCCAGUUACUGGGAUGCCAUGAAAGGGCCUUGAGAAAGUUGAUUGAAUUUAAACUUGGCAACAAAUGGCGCCCUUUUUGUCAGUCUUGGAAUGGAAGUUCAGUCCACCGAGGACAAUAGAUGAGCCACAGUAUCAGAUUCUUGAGACACAUAACUGAUACACAAAUAAUAGCUGGACUCAAAGGCAAGUUUCACAGAGACAAAAACACACCGUGGUCAACUUUCUUCAGUGGCACGUUUUAUCUGCUCCAUCAUCAUACCAUACCCAGUUUACACUGUAUAGUAUAUAAGACAGGUUCUCCCUGUUGUCCUUUCAGGCGUGGUGGCACCAUGCCAUUUGCACUGAAGUUAAUUGCACUGUGUUUUUUCUCAUUCAUCAUGCAGCCCGAGAGCCAGCACCAUCGGGAGCCCGACCCCGAGGAUGAGAGUGAGGCUCUCCAGGAGCCCCAGGUGUCGCUGCUGGUGGGCCUCAACUCCAGUGUGCUGCUGGAGGUCAGAGGAGGGUUGGCCUGUCCUGCCGCUGCUGACCUCAGGGAGAACGUGCACUGUGGCCACAUAGAGGAAAGUCCCAGCCGAGAAGAGCAUUCCCACACCCGUCGCACUGAGCUGAUUCUCAGAUGAACUGCCAGACUGCAGACACAAACACAUUAAAUAAAAGGAUACCGAGCCACCAGCUGAAACUGUA